CGGGUCGGGUCGGGCUCGGCUGAGCAGGGCGGGAUGGACCUGGCCGUGGAUUUGUACGUGGCCGUUUCGCUGCUCUUCACCGUCUUGGCGAUCGUCCUCGCCUUCGUCUUCGUCAGGCUGCGGGGAGGCGAAGAGGAGCGGCCGGCAGAGCCAUCCCGGCAGCCGGGAGCGGCGGGACCGGCCCGGGAGGGCGAGGGGGCGGCGGGGGGAGCGGCCCCGGCAGCCGAGCCCAGGGACCAGGGGGGCCGGGUGCCGGUGGAGGAGGUCGGGGCGGGCGAGCCGGGGAAGGAAGCGGCUGGCGAGCAGCGGGAGGAGGCGGCAGAGUCCGGCCCCGCGACCGAGCCCGGCCCCGCGGCCACCGAGAGCAUCAUCCCCCGGCAGCCGCCCGCGGAGCCCCGCGAGCCCGAGCAGCGGGAGGAUGCGGAGAGCGAGAUCCCACCUGUAGGUGCCUCACCUGGGUCCGGCCUCGAGCAGAUGGGACAGGCAGAGGGUGGAUCCAGCCAUGCAGCCCCUCCCAGCAAGGCAGAGCUCCUCCAGGAGGAAGAUCUGGAUGCAGAAAAUGAGAAGCUGGUGGUGAGAGAGUUGGAGGAUGAGGAUGCUGCAGAUGAGACAUUCUCUUUUAAAUACAGUCCUGGAAAGCUGAGGGGAAACCAGUACAAGUCCAUGAUGACCAAAGAAGAGCUUGAGGAAGAACAAAGGAUUGAGCUGACCUCUGAUCUCACAUCUCUGUAGCAAGUACCUUAGGUCCUCGGCCACAAACAUUCUUGCAAAUCUUGUUGAACUGAAGACUAUACGAAGUUGUCCCUAGCCUCCUCCUAAAGGCACCCCUUGGCAUCUUUAAAGGCUUGAGAGAAAUACCAAAACCAACCAAACACACCCAUAAGAGAAAUCCAUAAACCCUCAAAACUUGGGAUCCCCUCUUGGUCUGAAGUUGAGCUCUUCAAAAACUCCCGUGGUAUCAAGUUUCAGGAGAUCCUGUUGUGUGGCUCCAUGGACUGGGGCUGGGCCCAACCAGUGGCUUGAGUUGUGUUUAGGGUACUGGGAUGAACCUUCCUCCCUCUCCCCCAAACAGAACCCAGAUUGGACUUGAAAUAUGCAGCGAGUCUCUUAGUUGUGUUCUACCAUGUAUUAGGUCUGCCCUGAGAUCUGUCUUGUUCCUUCAUGGGGGCAGGUGAACCAUAAAACUCCUCCCAGACCAGCCUGGACCUUAUAUCAGACUACCAAGUUGUUUCUUCCUGGGGCCAAACUCCUCUUUGUGGCUGGGGGGGUGGGAACUGCCUAUGAUUUCAAAAAUGUUGGACGACCCUGCUUUCUUCUGGGGGGUGGAGGGACAAAGUGGGGUCCAAGUGAGGGACAGCAGAUGGUAGCUGGACCGACUCCCAGCUUGCUUCUGUAAUUAUUUUAGCAGAGAGCUUGUUCUGUAGGUAGACAGAAGACUAGAGAAUUGACAAAGAUUGAUAGUUGAGCUGUUCUGCCUGUGCUGGAGGUUUAGGAGAGCGUGCUUUGGCUGCUGGUAAUAUCUGGAUUCUCACUUUUCCCUACUUGGGUUCCCAAGAGGAGAGACCCAAGGAGGUAGCUGUGGUACCAGGGGUUCCCUCUGGCUCAGGACGAGGCAGUGGGGGCUCCUGGAAGAGACACCCUCCCCGUUCCUCUCCCUGCUUGCUGUUCCCGUGCCCUCUUCCUCCCCCUGUGGCUCGUCCACUGGAGCCAGAGCUUAGCCCUGCUCCUCAGCUCUGCCACCUGCAGAAGAGGAAUUCAGCUGGGGGGGCUGUGCCCACUGCAGCUGGAGAGCAACCCCAGCUGGUUUGUAAGAGGGAGAAGAAGACCCCCGUCCCCUCAUCCUGCUGCAGAACCACUGGGCUGGGUGUGGGGGGGGUUGUGUCCUUCAAAGUUUCUCUCUCCCUGCAGGACAACUUGGCCAACAAACAUAUCAGAAACCCAACAGGCUGCUUCCCACCCCCCCCCCCCCCACCCCCCUCCCCCCCUUUUUUUUUUAAUUAUUAUUAUUUUUUUUUAAUUCCUAUGCAGACAAUACUUGAAACCUCGUACCCACUUGUCCCUCCCGGGGCCUGGGGCUGGCAGACUCUUUCAGGAAAGGGGCUCCAUUUCAAGAAGAGCAGGAGGCUUCAGCUCUCCAAGAAGCUGGGCUGCCCCUUCCCAACUGCGAGUGGUUUGCAUACGAAUUCAGGCACAUCUGGACCCUCUGCUUCAGCACCCCCUGGUACAGCUGCUGCCUCCCUCGGUGCCCCCACCCCCCCCCCCCCACCCCCAGCACCCAACUAUGCAAAGAAUGCCUUAUCUACAUGGUGUUUAUCUCACAUGGCAAUAUGUACAUCGAGCAAAGUCGAAGAGUUGAGUCCAGAUUAUUAUUUUGUUGGGUCGUUGUGGUGUUUUUUUUGCUAGUGGCAGCGAGUCCAAGUGUUUCUUCAACUCCAAGGGCUGUCUGGGUGGUUUGUUGUUGUUUUUUUACUUUUGUUUUUUGUUUGUUUUGUAUCUGCUGGUGGCUCUGAUGCAAAGGACUGUCAUUCUAGUGGCUUGAAUCUGUAAAAAUUGCCUUCGUUUGGUCCAAUAAACCUUUGAAUAGUUGA